AUGCACAAGGAGAUUAACCAGAUUGCUCAAAGUUCUAUUGAUUCUAUGGCAUUUAGUGUUAAUAAGAGAAAACAUAAUCAUCCUAACUCUCACAAACCUCCUUCUUCAGGGAAGAGGAACAAUUAUUUCUGUGAACAUCGUAAAAUCUCAGGUCAUUCUCUUGAAAGAUGCUUCAAGAUUCAUGGUUACCCACAGUCAAGCAAGUUUUCUCAAGACAAGCGUUUUGCUGCACAUGUUUCUGUCACUCAUGCAUCUAACCAUGAAGCAUUAAUGAACACUGAUAACUCAGGGUCCCUUCUUGCAUCUCACCUAAGCAAAUCUCGUUGGAUAUUUGAUAGUGGUGUAACUGACCACAUGUGCAACACUAUCAAGUUAUUCACUAAUCUCAUAAAUGUUGCUAGAAAAGAUCACAAAAUUGUCAUACCAGAUGGCAACACUUUGAAUGUUAUGAAAGUUGGUGAUAUAUGUUUGACAAAGGAUUUAUUUCUUAAGAAUGUGUUAUUUGUUCCUGAGAUUCAAUUCAAUCUUAUCUUAGUGAGCAAACUUACUCUGGACAAUAAGAUAUCCUUGUUUUUCACUACUAAUGCAUUUUAUGUUCAGGACCUUUUGAUGAAAAGGCUACUGCCUCUUGGUAAUCUUUACAAUGGUCUGUAUUAUACAUUGGCUAAAGACCACCAGAAGGUUCAUGAAGAUAAAUAUACUCUAAAUAAUAGACAUAUAGCUAUCACGGCUUCUUGUACUGAUAUGACAACACAUGUAAAGUUACUCAACCUUAGAAUACGCUAUAUACCCUUUUCUAGGUUGAAAGUGAUGUAUCCUGAUCUUGAUACUAAAACUUUGCAAGAAAAUCUAAUAUGUUCUAUUUGCCCUAUAGCUAGACAAACUAGGCUUGCUUUUUCUCUUAGUUAUAUCAAGUCUACUUCUGCUUUUGAGCUAUUGCAUGUCGACAUAUGGGGUCCAUAUCAUACCAAAACAUAUUCUAGGCAUAGAAUGUUGCUUACCAUUAUUGAUGAUUUUUCAAGGGGAAAUAUUACAAUAUUGUCUUCAGAAAGGCAUCCUCCAUCAGAAAAAGUUGGUAAGAUUGUUCUUUGUGCUACAUACCUUGUCAAUCGUAUGCCCCUUGUUUCCAUUGGGAACAUUUCUCCCUAUGAAAGGUUAUUUGGUUCUCCUCCUAAUAACAACCAUCUCAGGGUCUUUAGUUGUCUAUGCUUUACCUCCACUCCUAAACCAAGGCAUACUAAGUUUGAUUCACGAGCUGAAUCCUAUAUCUUUUCCUCAUCCAAAACACCAGUCUUUCAGUUUUACUUACCCAUGUCUACCCCUAUGUCUUACACUGAUCCUUACACACCUGUUCUCGAUUUCUCUUCUCCUCCACCUGAUCCUAUUGUCCCUACUUAUACUAAUCCUACUAACCCUACCCUUCCUAUUUCUCCAACUCCUUGUCCUGCUCCCUCCCUCUUUUAA